AGAAGCAGCUAAGUAAUUAGUACUAUUAGAUUAACUUUUUGGAUAUGAUAAACAUUGAUCACAUAAACUAGACUACAGUAGAUGGAUAUUACAGAUAAUCAGGGAUUGAACAAUGUGCAAUGAAUGGAAACACAGUCGCCAAUUGUCAUGGUGCAAUCUCUCAUAAAUGGGAGUUAGCCAUUUGUUGAACUCAACUGAUCUGUUACAAAGCAACAACUGAGAUCCCAAAAUCUGAAAUUAACAGUGAAAUUCACAAGUUAUUUAUAGUGAAUAAUUUAUCCAGAUCAAUGUUGUUAUUUUCCCUUGGAACCAAUGUUUUUUUUCCCACAAAGGGUGGUGGGUGUAUGGAACGAGCUGCUGAGGUAGUUGAGGCAGGUACUAUUGCAACAUUUAAGAAACAUUUAGACCUGUACAUGGAUAAGAUAGGGUUAGAGGGAUAUGGGACAAACACAGGUACACUAGUGGAGAUCUGACAUGUUGGUCAGUGUGGGCAUGUUGGGCUAAAGGGCCUGUUUCCACACUGUAUGACUAUGACUCUAUACCAAACUUAGCAGUAUUAUGAAAUGUGAAUCGGAUAAGAGAUUACUGCAGGCGAUUAACAGACUGGUGGAAUAGACAGGCACAUGGCAAACAAUGUUUAACAUGGAAAUGCUGUGGAAAUUCAAUGUUCUGGAAGUGAAAUUGAUGCCAGGACAACCUCUUAGUACUGAAAGCAACUGCACCAUGGCCUGACAAUUUUCUACCCAUGUGUCACCACUUGUGUGUCAAUCCUCCUGGAAAUGGGAAUAGAACAAACCCGGGACAGGUGGUGAGUCCACAGCACUGGUCAUUUCUUUAUCUCUCACCUUUCCUCGCUCUAUUUUGGACCAUCUUCCUACAACUUUCUCUCCUUCUGUUUCCAUACAACUCCGUAUUAUUUUUGUUUUGUUACUCUCCUUGUUGCUUUCAUGUGAAUGGAUCCUUAUCUAUCACCGGCGGCACAAAGGUAGGCUUGCUGCCGGAGAUCUUUGAUCCCGACUACAGGUGCUGUCUGUGCGGAGUUUGUACGUUCUCCCCGUGACCUGCGUGGGUUUCCCCCCGAGAUCUUCUGUUUCCUCCCACACUCCAAAGACGUACAGGUAUGUAGGUUAAUUGGCUUGGUGAAUGUAAAAAUUGUCCCUAGUGGGUGUAGGACAUUGUUAAUGUGCGGGGAUCGCUGGUCGGCGUGGGCCCGGUGGGCCGAAGGGCCUGUUUCCGCGCCGUAUCGCUAAAUUAAACUGGGCCUAGUCACCGCGUUGCCAUGGUAACACUCCCGGAAGUAAAGCUGCAUUUUGGUUCCGGGCCGCGGUGCUGAUGUGGCUGCUGUUUGCUUGAAAGUGGCCGAGUGUCGGGCGGUCACUCGAGGCCGACUCGGUCACCGCCGCUUUAUCCUCUGACCGGCAGCUUCCGACGCAGGCCUGCAAACCGGCUUCCCGCCAGGGACGCGGCGGACACUUGGUGGCGGCGGCGGCAGAGAGAGCAGUUCGGCUCCCACCAUGUUGAGUCGCCUGUCUGACCUGGCAAAAGGAGUCAACACUGUGCUGCAGGACCUCUCUGGGGAAGAUGAUGGAAAUGCGACAAAUGCAUCCCAAGGAGCUGAGACCAGUCACCAGUCUGAACUGGAGAUCAGUGGUGAGGCAUCAGAAGAUGUGGUGGAGCGCCUGGCACACACUGAACAGUUGGUCAUUCAACUUAAGGAACUUAUACGUGAGAAAGACACUCAACUACAGAGUAAAAAUGUUGCAUUAAAGGAGGAAAAGGAGCUCUGUGAUGCCAGACUAUCAAAGCUAAAACUACAGGCAAAGGCAAAGGUUGCAUCAUUGAAUAUCCGGAUUGAAGAGCUGCAAAAGCAGUCAACUUCCUCAACAUCAUCGCAACCAGCAAGGACCGACGAGCAUGGUGCUGAAGGGAGUGUGGAGCAUCCAUUGUAUGAUGAAAAUGAGCAGCUCAAAGGUCAACUUCAGAAACACCAAGAGAGUUACAGGUCUCUACAGGCAACUGCUGAGAGUAUGAAAGAACAACUUCAGGCUACUACUGAACGUCUGAAGCAGAAAGAAGCUGAACAUGCACAAGAGGUAAGGGACAUAUUGCUGGGAAAGAAGAAGCUGCUGUCGGGCAUUAUCUUAGAACACACGCACCGUCAGUGUUGUAGCAACCAGCGGAAGGAGCAGCACCGCGGGGCGGGGCAGGGGAGGAAGAUCACAGAGCGCUCCGCCACUACACGACGGAACGAACGAAGCUGGACUGCUGCCGAAGAACAGUUGGUGACAUCUCAGAACAGAAUGGCUGAGUUAGAGGAGGAGAAGGGAAGCCUAUUAUGGAGGAUAGUAGACUAUGAUGAGGUCAAGAUGGAAAAUGAACAUCUGCGAGGCAGGAUUGAAGAACUUGAAGAGCAUGGGGCUAUGAUGUUGGCUCAGCCCAUUGAAAAGUAUACACCGACUGAAGAUACUGGCACCACAUUAUUGGAAACUGUGGUACUGAACCAAGCAACCCAAUCUGGAGACAUUUCACAAAGUACUGCAGAGCAGGCUGGCAACGUAGAGAAUCUUCACGAUGUCCCUAAACCAGAACAAGAAGCAGCAGAACCGAUGGAAGUUCAGCACAUUGAAGUAAAGACUGAGGAAAGCAGUGAGGUUGAUUCCCUGCUGAGGGCCAGUUCUGACAAAGACAAAGAGCCUGCUCCAGUUACAUAUCAACUGGCAGAAGUCCAAAAUAAUCAGCAGGUAUUGGACAGGCAGCAUUCACCGUUGACCGAAGAUGGGAUUUUCUGCCAACAAAGUUUGGAGGAUAGAAAUCAACUUAUACCUGAGCAACAAGAAGCGAUGUUGGCCUUAAAUGAGAAUGUUGACAUAAUCGCAGAGACGAAGGAAGGAAUAAGCACCAUCAUGAUAAUGAAAGAAAGGGCCAGUUCAGGUGCUGAAGUGGAGAGCAUGACGGUUUCAGUACAGCUGGAGGGGAAGACUACUUCUGUUGUUCAAGUAGAGCAGAGUAGUACAACAGUUGUCCAUCUAGAAGAGCAUAUCUAUUCCACCACAGAAAUGUACAGACCUGGGGAACAACUGGAAUACAGCUCCGCCACACACGAAGAAUUACAAAUGAUCUUGGGAAAUGAACAGGAUGGUGGAACUUCAGGAAGUAUUCCCGAGUUUCAUGUGGUUCAAAGCAAAGAAUCUGAGAAACUGCAAGUGCGCAUACAAGAACUUGAAAAGAACUUGGAAGAGGUGGAGGGCUCCUACAGCAAGCAGCUGGAGGAUAAACAUGAGGAAUUGAUGAGGUUAAAUCAGAUAAUUUUGGAUUACAAGGAGGAGACGGUGAAUGCAAAGGAAGCCAUUAACAACCUGAGUGAAGAGAAGAACGAGCUUCUCAGUCAGAUUCAGCAUUAUAGUGAUGAAUUGUCCACAUUACCUCAAUUAAAAGAAAAACUGACAAAAGUGGAGGAAGAGGCUGUUGAUGAAGGGAAAAGGAGCCUUUUGGUUUUGGAAAACAUGAGUAUGCAGAAUAGCUUAUUGCAAGAGCAGUUUUGCAGUGCAGAAAACGAAUCUAGAUCAAAGGAUGUGAAAAUUGAAGCCCUGGAGCAGGAGAUGGACAUCAUCCAGUGUCAGGUCACUGAGCAAGAGGCAGUCAUUACAGCUUUGAGAGGGGAGUUUCAAGAGAAGGAAGAAGCAUCCUUGAACUUGGAACAGCUUGUCAAAGAUGAUAAAUCCAAAAUCGAGGAGCUACUACAGAAGGUGGUUUUCAAGGAGCAGGAAUUGCUGAGUGUGCAGCAAAGUCUUUAUGAAAAUGUAAGCAAAGUUCAGCAACUUCAGGUGAGUCUGUCAGAAAAGGACAGCGAAAUGGCUGAGGUCACUGUGAGUAUGUCCGAGAAAAUGGUAGAAUUGAACGAAGAUAAAUUUUCAUUGGGGAACCAACUGAAACAGUUGAAGGAGCAGCUGUUGUUGCUGCAAAGAGAACAGGAAAGUAAAGAAGAGGAGAAACCCAUUAGUGAGCAUGAGCGAUCCAUCAAGGACGAAGAACAGACUGACGUUGCACAAAAUAGCAUUGACAGAUUUGACCUGUUACUGAAAGAGAAAAAUGAUUUAGAGAAACAAGUAGAAAACCUAACGAAGGAGAAUGAGCAAGUAAAAAGAAGACUCCAAGCAGUGUUGAUAAAGAGGAAAGAGCUUUUAAAAAAGGUGGAAGAAAUGAAACAGGAAGCAAUCAAUAAAAACUUUGAAGCGCAGGAAAGCUCUCCAUCAGGAAACAAAACAGGAUGCAGUGAUCUAAAAUCUGCAGAGAUAGUGAAACCAUGUGAAGAAAUUCAGAUCCAGGAUCAACAUACAGUUGAUCUAGUUAGGACGCUUUCCGAGAGAGAAGCAGAUUUGCAGAAUGUUAGGAAAGCUCUCCAAGAUCAAGAAGAUACUGUUUGUCACCUUCAGAAUUUGGUAGAGGAUCUGCGACAAAAGCUUCAGGAAAAGGCAGAUGAGGUGAAUUCACUGGAAGCAACUACGUUGCUCAAGCAGGUGGCCAUUCAACAGGUAACAUUGCAACAUGAGAUGGAAGAGAAGGAUGUUAAGAACGAGGGCACAGAAAUAGAUUCUGAAACUGUACCUGAGCCCACUAGCUCAGUGGAAAGUUCAGUAAAAAGUAAGCAAAGUGAGUUUGAGGCUAAGCUCUCCAUUUUGGAAAAAGAGAAGGAUCAGCUGCAGAAGAAGCUUGAGGAAGCCGUCAGUUUGCGCAAGGACACAAUUAAAAAGGCUCAGGAGAAAAAUAGACUCCAUAGGGAACAAGCGAAACAACAGAAGCAGGAAUAUAAUGCUUUGCUGGAGAAUUUCAAUCAACAAAGUCAGGAGAAAGAAAGAAUUUGUGAAGAACUUUUAAGAAUGAAAGAGCAGAGCCUGCUAUUGGAAGUGAAGCCUCCUUCAGCUGGAGAAUUUCAUCCGGGAAAACUACAUCGGCGGAAGUCUGAGGAAGAAAGUAUCCCAGAGAAGGAGUUGCCGGAGAGGGAUCAGCAUUUAGAUUGGGGCUUUGAGUUGGUGGAGUCUUCGAAGACAGAGGUGGUUCAGGUAGAUGGAGAAGUAUUUGAACCAAGAAGUGAAGAUACUUUGGUGGUACGAUUAAAGGAAGAACUUGAGAAGGUCGCCAAUGAAAAAUAUGAACUUGAAUUAAAAGUGCAGAAUUUGGCAGAUCUUGAGCAGCGAAAUUUGGAAAAAACAGCAAUGUCUCAGGAUGAAAUCUCUGAGCUGCAAGAAACCCACCGCUUGGAGAAAGAGGAGUUACUUAAAGAAGUUGAACUUCUGAGAAAAAGAUAUGAGAACACAGAAUCACAUGCAGAAGCUUUAGAGACAACCACAGCUGAAAGUUGUGUUUCUGAAGACCUGGCCAUUCUAAGUAAGCAAUAUGAGAAGUUGAAAGUCAUUUUGCAGAAAAAAGAUGAAGAAAGAGAACAUUUCUAUAUUCAGCUGCAGGAAAAAAAAGCGCUUUUCGAUAACCUGGAACAGAAGCUCUCUGAGAAACAAGAUUUUGUAAAUACUCUACAGUCUCAAAUGGAAGAGCAAGCUAAAGUGUUUGAAGAUGAAAGAAGACUUCUUCAAACAGAGAUCUUGGAAACUCGACAAAAGCAAGAAGAAGAUACUGAAGAAGCAAAGUCUAAGCAGCAUAUACAGAGGAAGCUACAAGCUGCGUUAAUCUCACGCAAAGAAAAUUUGAAGGCAAACAAAUUACUGAAGGAAGAGCUGGACAGUGUAACAACGUGGAAAGAAGGAUUAAGUCAGAAACUGACCGAAAUGGAGCGGGUCACAGAAGACCUGAGACAGGAUAAAGAAGACCUAAUGACAAAAUUGUCAAAUCUUGAGGAGCAAAAGGAAAAAUUAAUUAUAGAAGUGGAUAAAUUAUUGGUAAAGGACCAAAAUAUCAGUGCUUCAUGCGAGAGCUUAAAGCUGAUCAUUAGUGGCAUAACACAAGAAAAAGAUCUAUUGCAACAGGAAAUUGAGGUCUUAAAAGGUGAACAAAAGGCAGAGAGCUUAGAUUGGCAACGGAGGCAUGAAGAAUUGCAGAAGGAAUAUGAAACACUUCUGCAGUCCUAUGAAAAUAUUAGUGGUGAGAUUGAGAAGAUGCGUCGUGUACUGGAGAUUGGUAAACUGGAGAAGCAGGAAUUGUUCGGUAGGAUUCAAUUGGCAGAAGCUAAGAAACUAGAGGUUGAAAAGCAACUCGAGGGGGCAAUACAAGAGCAGGAGGGUAUGAAGGAGAAAAUGAGGAAGUUUGCUAAAUCAAAGCAGCAAAAAAUCAUGGAACUUGGAGAAGAAAUUGAGAGACUUCAGUCAGAACAGCAGUCUGAACCAAGAAUACAGAUUAUGCCAAGUGAAUCCUCAGACUUAAAAGAAAGACAUUCUCAGGAGGACCUUCAGAAAGCAAGACGGGAAACAGAAGAGGCGAUGAAAGAGCUUGAGACAUUAAAAGUUCAAAGAGAUUUUUUGGAGAGAGAGACCAAUGUUUUGAAACUGGAACUGAAAGAGAUGGCUGAGAAGCUGGAAAAUAGAGAAAAAGGUUUAGACCAAUUUCAAAGUAACAUCAGUCACGAACAGGAAAUCAAAAUGCAAGAAGCUUUCGAUACAUCCAUUGUAGUAGAAGUUAAACAAGAAUUAACUAGUAAAUUAGGUUCUUCAGCAGAGUCAGCUGCAAUCCGUGCCUCUCCUGAGGGACCUCAAGAUCUUAGCUACCAUAAUGAAAUUCCAAAUGCAAACAAGAAGUGUCACACUUUGAUGGAAGAACUAAGACAGCUGGAAAAUGACAAGCAAAUAACAGAGAAUGCGAUGCAUGAAUUGGAGAAAACAAACCAACUUAUGAAAAGUGAACAACACAGUUUGGAAGAGCAACUUGUUAAAAGUAAGGACGAAUGGAAACACAUAAAUAAGACUGUCUCUGAACUAGAGCUGGAUAAUCACCAAUUAAAGCAGAAAGUCGAUGAGGUAAAGAAGGAGAAAGCAUCUGCAGAUUUGGAUAAAGAUGAUCUGGAAGAGCGACUGAUGAAUCAGUUGGCAGAGCUUAACAGUAGCAUUGCCAAUUAUCAACAGGAAUCAAAAGAGCAUAACGACCAGAUAUCACAGUUAGAACUAACAAUGAGAGGGUAUCAGAAACAAGUCGAUGAACUGGAAGAAGAGGUGAGGCAACUUCAGAGAGACAAAGCAGAAGUUGCAGCCAAAUUGCAAAAGGACUUUGAGCAAAAAGUUAAGUCAAUGCAAAAGGGAAAAGAAGGGGGUAAAAUUCACAACAAAGAAUUACAGGAGCUUCUUAAGGAAAAACAACAAGAGGUCAAGCAGCUGCAGAGAGAUUGCAUUCGGUAUCAGGAGAAGAUCAGUGGUUUGGAAAAAACCAUCAAGGCAUUGGAAUUUGUUCAGCAAGAGACCCAGAAGAAUUUGGAUGCUGCAAGGAAGGAAAUAACAACAAAAUUGGAAGAAUGCAAGAAGUCCCAAUCAGAAUUGCUUUCCUAUAAAGUACGAUUCGAUGAUGCUCAAAGUGAGGCAGCUAGAAUUCUGGCAGACAGGGUGAAACUUGAGGAAGAAAUCCAAACUCUUGAGAAUAAGUCCAGAGAGCAAACCAACCAUAUGGAAGAACAACAAAUGAAAAGGCUUAAUCUAGAAAAAGAUCAACAUAGAAAGGAGUUGAAAAACAUGCAGGAGAAAGUUGAAAGUUUGCAGCGUGAGAAGAAGCAUGCUGAAGACUCUAUUGAGGCAUUGCAGGGCACGUUAGAAAAGAAGAAAGAAGAAACCAAUCAGGUUCAGGCAAAUUUCAAUGAAAAUCUGGCCAGGCUGGCAGCUUUCACCCGUAGUAUGUCCUCUUUGCAGAAUGACCGUGAUAGAAUCAUUGAUGAGUCGAAGAAGUGGGAAAUCAAGUUCAAUGAGGCGAUAUUGAAGAAAGAAGAAGAGGUCAGGGUAAAAGAAGACUCUUGCAACAGGCUGAGGAAUGAGCUACGGCAGACUACCAUUCAUCACGAGGAACUGAAAAUCAAGCUUUCCAGGUUGGAGCACAGUGAGCAGGAAUGGGAAUCAAAGUUCAGGAUUGAAGAAGAAAAUCAGAGGCAAAUGAUGGAAAAAGUUCAAGAUGAAAACCGGCUACUCUUCUCAAAGUCUGAAGAAUUCCAAAAGUUGCACAAGGAUUCUCAGAAUGAACUAUUGAAAUUAUCAGAAGAAAAUAAGAAGCUGAAAGAACAAAUUGCUGGUUUGAACAGUUCCCUGGAGAAGUUUGAGGUGACCAAGGGAAACCUGGAGAAAGAUUUAAGUGAGCGAGAGGCAGAGGUACAGAAUUACAUGCUAACCUGUGAGCAGCAGCAGUCUGACCUCCAAAAUUGCAAAGCUUUAACGGAGAGACUCCAUGAAGAGACUGGAGAAAAAGAAGAAAAGAUUGUUGCACUUUUGGCAGCAAAAGAGGAGGCUGUUUCCAAUGCUAUUUCUGAAGCCCAGCAACAACAUGCUGAAGAAAUAAGGCACUGGGAGAGACAGGUUGAACAGUUGGAAAAGGAUAAAUCAGAAGGACAGCAAUCAAUCAGAAAGUUGCGGAGGGAAAGUGAAGAUCUAGAUGCAAAGCUGAGACAAACUGAAGAGGAAUUAAAGCAGCACAAGAUAAAGCUAGAAUCAUUAACAAAGUCCAUGGCAUCUCUCCAGAAUGACCGGGAGAGAGUGCUGAGUGACUACAAACAACUGGAGCAAAGACACAUUGAUGCAAUUGUAGAAAAAGAUCAGCUGAUUCAGGAGGCUGCCACUGAGAACAAUAAACUCAAGAACGAAUUUCGGAGCCACCACGGUCAGAGGGAUGAUUUGAAUUCCGAAAAUGCUAAACUCAAUGCACAGCUUGUGAGAUACCGAGAAGAUCUCAAUCAGGUGAUUUUACUGAAGGAUUCUCAGCACAAGGAGUUCCAACAAAUUCAGCUUGAGAGAAACAAAGUAUUGGGAAAUGAGAAGACUGAUGUGGAAAAGAAGUUACAAAAAGUGGAGAACGUUUCAAAAGAACUCGAGCAGGAAAAUGACAAACUGAAAGAAGAGAAACAAAAACAAAAUGAACAUUUGCAGUUGACAGAGAAAAUCAUUGAUGAACUGAAGGAAGAAAUAGAAAGGUUAACAAGUGGUGGGCCUGUUCAGAUACUUCAGCAACAGCUGGAUGAAAAGACAGCCAAAGUGGAGGAACUGACGACCAAUCUCUUCUCCAUACAGGAAAGGGCAGCUGAGCUCGAGCUGAAAGUCGUGAGGGUUGAAGAUGAAACAAGGCAGAAGCUCAUUGACACUGAAGCCAAGUAUGAGAAGGAAUUUGAGAAUUUGCAGCGUAAUGAAGGAAUCAUGAGAAAUGAAACCGAAACAGCAGAGGAGAGAGUGGCUGAAUUGGCAAGGGAACUUAUGGACACCGAGCAGAGAUUGCGAGAAGCGAUUGAAAAUAUUGAACACCUCCAAGGACAGAACCAAUCUUUUGGAAAAGCCAUGAGUUCGUUGCAAGAUAACCGAGAUGAUCUCCUAGUUCAAUUUGAGACAUUGCAGAGCAAAUACACGUAUGACUUAGAGAUGGAGAAGGGCAGAAGUGAAGAAUUGCACCAAGAGCUAUCCCAAUCUAAAACCAAAUGCUGUGAGUUAGUGGAAGAGAAGAACCGUCUCUCCACAGAGUUGACAGCUUGGAACAACAAUACCAUUGAAGACAGCCUGUUGGCCCGCAUUGAUGAACUGGGCUCACAGCUUUCUUCCCAUCAGCAAGUUGUUCAGGACUUAACCUUAGAACUAGAAAGCUCAGCCAUUCAGUUAAAAUCAUUUUCCAAAACAGUGAUGACCCUACAGGAUGAGAGAGAUAGACUGAUGGAUGAAGUGGCCAAAACCAAAAAGGUUCAUGAAGUAAAGCAGGGGUUUUCUUCAAAGCCAGGCGAAGUGCAGAGUCUGAGAAAUGCUUUGUCUUCAUUGCAGAAUGACCGCGAUAGACUGCUGAAGGAGUUGAACAGUCUCCAGCAGCAGUAUGUGAGGAUUGGGGAAGAGACAGCUGAAAUAUCCCAGCUCCAAGUCCAACUGGAAGAUCAAAAGCAACAGAUAGCUAAUUACCAAAUGACGCAGGAGCAACUGAAGCAAGAACAUAGUGCCUGCCAAGAAGAAUUAGGACACCUAAGGUCCGAGAAGUUAUCCUUUACUGCACAGAGUGAAAGGCUGAAGGAACAGUAUCUGAUUGCUGUGUCAGAUAAAGACAAACAGAUCCACGAGCUUCAGAGCAUGUGCCAGGCGAUGAGGCUGAAGUUGACGCAGCAGGGACCUUCUGAGGCAGGUAGCCUUGGCGAGCCUCGUAAAGAAGAUGUGCAGACUGAAAACAGACAGCUGAAGGGCCAGUUGAAUGACAGCCUGAAGGAGCUGCACCAGAAGGAGCUUCGUAUCCAGAAACUCAACAGCAAGAUGUCAGUGAUGUUUGAGGAAAAGAUUGCGCUCUCUGCCCAGGUGCGGGCUACAACACAGAGCCUGCGUGACAUGCAGCAAAGACUGAACGAGUUACAGUCAAAUCAUUCAUCCCUUGAACGGCAGCUGCAGGUGGCCACGGUCUCACUGCAUGAGAAGGAGAAGACAGGCCUCAUGGUUGACACUGCACCUGGUGGCCCUCAGGAAAAGGACAUGGUUGAGAUGCAGGAUAAGCAAACAGAAUUGAAACAGCUGAAACAAAGGCUAAUUGAAGCUAAGCAAGAACAGGACAGAACUGACCGGGAACUGAGCCAAGUGGAGGGCUUUCUGGCUGAAGAACAAGAAAAGAGAUUGGCAGCUGAAGAAGCCCUUCUCUCUGCUGAACAUCAACUGAAAAGUGUGGAGCUGAGUGAGUGGGUCAGUGCCCAGGAGAGGAACCUCAAUGCCUCAGGCUUGACAGAACAUUCCCUGUUGAUAGAUCUACCGGAGAGUGCCACUCCGAGUAAGACACGGAGGAGCUCCAAUGUGAGGUCAUUUUGCUCUCUGUUCCAUGCCCGAUAUCGGACCAAGUUGCUGUUUGCUGCAUAUUUGAUUGUGCUGCAUGUCCUGUUCCUCCUGUGCUUCUCUGGGAACCUGUAAACUCCACGAUGUCUGAUGCUCUGGACGGCCAGGACUGGCUGGCAGUCAGCUGAUGGAACGCAGUGGCAGCAGUUCACACCAGGAACAUUACCUUUACCUGUACUUGGAGAUGAAGAUUUCUUCUGUCUUCAAUGGGAAUUUCUAUCUGUUUUCAAAGGCUUUUAAUUUGCUCUGAAUUUUUCUUUCUCUUUUUGACUGAUGACAUGGUUCAUUUUUGCAGUACUUUGGGGAAUCUGAUCUUGAGGAUUCACCCUGGAUAGCAAUGGGCAUUGGAAAAUAUUAUGGGCUCCUAAUGCACAAAUCAUGAAUGGAUGUCAGGCUGAACAUUCAGGAGGGUAUGACUGGAUUAUACCUGUUUUUUCUCCAAUAUCCUCUUCCACAUAUCCAUGAGUGAGAAGUGAUUUGUUCAUCUUCUUUACUUUUCUAAUGAAGGAAAGUUUUCUCCAAAGAAACACAGAAGCAUUCCUUAUUCAGUGCAUGUUCAUACACUUUGAUUCAUUCUUACUGUCAUUUAUAUCAGUGGCAUGCAGUCUGCAAUGCCAGAUUUGCUUCAGUAGAUGGUGGUGUUGCAUAGCUAUUGGCAGCACAUGCCUACAGGGAAAUAUGACAGCCCACUACACAGAGGGGUGACCCUUGAAGGGAAAAAGAUAAUUUGCUUAUAAUGUUGCAGAAUGUAAUAUACUACAUAAAAUGCUUUAUAGUAAUACAUUAAUUCAGAUCUCUAUCUUUUGGAGAGGAAAGAAUUAAGCCAAGGGGAGAAUAAUCCAGCAUGGGUUACUGUAGUUUUGGGCACAAGAGAGAAAUUGCAAUUCAUAGUUAAAAGCAGAUUAGACCUUUGGGAAAUGCAGGUAAAUCAGGGUAAGUAUGCUGUGGUGUCAGGCAGGACAUUUCACUUGUUUUAGGUAGUCUUUGGGUGAACGGGACACGUGCUUACAUAUUGUUACUGGUUUCAGCUACUUCCUGUUGCCUUAUGGGGCAAUCCCAUCAUUCUGUCUAUCGGCUGAUUAACAAGUGCCUUCCUAAAUGUAUUUACAUUUUGGACUUUUAAACUCUUUGUGAUUUUGAUAUUUGGCUCAUCCUUACAAUCGUUUAGCUGCUGAAAACGCAACUCCAAAGCCUUUGCUUGAAAACCUCGGUGGGGAGCAAGAGAAGAUCCCAAUAUCAAGGAAGGCCCAUUGAGGUGGCAUGAGGCUUGUAGUAUUGGCUGGGUUUCUGUAACAUGAUGCGGUGGAGUGUGAGUUGCUCCACCUGUAGGGCAGAGCAGUAGGUAAGCAAUGAUCAUUUACUCUUCCUGUGGGAGAGAAAUUGUCCUACUGAUCUGCAUGCAAGUUGGAUGUAAUUCUGGGUAGGACACAUGACAAAGUGUGCAACAACAAUACAUGAUACCAGGAGCAUAGUAACAAAAUGUAAUGAGGGGCUGUAACGUGCAGUGAACUGCCAAUCUGGGGUGACCAGUAGGUGACGAGGGUUUAUUGACAUGGAAAGAUGGAAGUGGUGACAAUUCAGGCCAACUGGAUAUAAUUAAUGUAGUGCAAACCAGCAUGUUUUGAGGAUGAUGGAAAAGUAUGCAGCAAAGUAAAGGCAGGAUAUAUCAAUAAAAGCCUGGUGGUUUGCAUCUGGUGAAUGUGAGAUGCUUUAAAGGUGAAUGCGGAUUGUCACUCCAUCUCUUCCCCAGAGGAAAGAGGGAGAAUGUGCUUAAAAUGCAAGGCAGGAGCAUCAUUGGGUAAAUGUACUGAUGUAGAAUUUAGUCAACUUGCCAGAAUGUUGCAAACUGCCCCCAGACUAUUCACUGUAGUACAAACACAGUGCAGCUCACACAGAGUGACUGUCAAAGGUAGAACUGGCCCCAAUAGAGAGGGUUUCUAUCCAUCAAUCAGCCCAGACAUUGUCCCCAAUCUAGAAUCCCGAGUCCUCCAAGUUAAAAGCAAAACCCAGCCUUAUGCUGCCCCAAACGACCCAUUCACCCUGAGACCUUACCAUGCCCAAACCAAGAGGGCCCCUCAUCUCAGGAGAUGCCCUCCCCAUCUCAACACCACCACAUCCUCAAUUGCAAGAACAAUCCAGAUCAUCUGGAUUUUGGUCAUUUGGGCAAAAAAGCGACACUACGGAAUAUAGGUUAGAUUGUGGGUUGCCCCCUGCAUGGUACAUGUGCAGUUGGUAGUUUUUUGCAUUGUAAUGAAAACCUACAUAAAAUCACAAAGAGUUUAAAAUAUUUUUAUACAUAAAAUAUAUUUAAAUAUUCCAUGAUCUUUCUGGGGAGAUAUCCAUGUCUUGUGUACAGUAAAUGAGAGGUCCAUAUUUACUACAGGUGGUCCUGUUUAAUUUAAAUUGUCUAUUUAUGAUAUGCAACUCUGUCGUGUGUUGCCUUUUCCUGGGAACUGUAGAUAAAAUGAUUGCCAGCGGUUUUCUACAGUGAAUUAAAUGGCUGCAGACACUCAAAUUUCUUUCACACUUUGCUUCCAUUAUUCCAUGUGACUGUAUGCAAAGUGUGUUGGACUUAAAUAUUGAGGAAUGGGGCAAUGAGCAGUCAGCAGCACUACUACAAACUCAUGGAGGAUCUGGCAAUAGUUUGGGAAGGGGGGAGCGGUUAAGAUGGAGUUGCACCAAUGACCAAAGUAUUCAUGUACGGCUUUGAAUAAAGUCUUUUUGAAAACAAA